AUGCUCCGACUAACGGCGGAUCAGCUACCUGUCUUUGUGCCCUUUGGUAUCAUUGGGUUCUACCGGUACCUUUGGUAUACCAUCCGCAUCGCCGCAUCACUCGCGUACCAACCUAUCCCCUUACCCGAACACCCUACCUACGUCGCCAAUGAAGACGUCACCAUCAUCGUCCCCACUAUCGACGCGGGCGAAGAAUUCAAAGAAGCUGCACACAGCUGGCUCGUGGGCAGGCCGAAGGAGAUCCUCAUCAUCACCGAAGAGAAGAUGCUGCAGCCCCUCCAAGAGCUCGCCAACGCCGUCGACCCCGAGCGUAUCCGGGUGCUCACCGUCCCGUUCGCGAACAAACGGCUGCAGAUGGCACACGGUAUCAAGCACGCGAUGACGGACAUCAUCGUCUUCGCAGAUGACGACGCGAUCUGGCCGCCGACGCUCCUCCCGUACGUUCUUGCUUGCUUCGAGGACCAACAAAUCGGCGGUGUUGGUACCUCGCAGCGUGUUCAGGCCGUUGGAAAGCGAAUGACGGUGUGGGAGGUGCUUGCAGCGUUUCGACUGACCAUCCGCAACAUCGAGAUCGCGGCAUCGACGCACAUCGACGGAGGUCUGCCGUGCUUAUCUGGACGCACGGCGGCAUACCGGACGGUAGUCCUCAAGGACCCCGAGUUCCUGCAUGCGUUCACGCACGACUUCUGGCUCGGGAAGUACCAACUCAACUCCGGCGACGACAAGUUCCUCACUCGGUGGAUGGUUAGUCACGGGUGGGGCACGUACGUGCAAUGUUGCAAGGGGGCGGAGCUGUUGAGCACCAUGAAGCCCAACUGGAGAUUCGUGAAGCAGGUGCUCCGGUGGACGCGCAACACUUGGCGAUCGGACCUUCGGUCGCUAUUCACAGAGCGGUACAUCUGGACAGCGCAUCCGUACGUCGCAUAUACUAUGGUAGACAAACUCAUCAAUCCUCUGACGCUCCUCGCGGGACCUGUGUUCGUCUUCUACAUCUUAUAUAGGUCAUUUAUCCCGGUCGAGAACGGGGGCUUCCAUCUACCUUGGUGGAAUGUGCUCGUCAGUUACCUCGUCUGGCUGCUGGUGACUCGCGCCUUCAAGCUCCUGCCCCAUCUCUGGCAUCGCCCGCAGGAUGUGAUUUACCUCCCCGCCUUCAUCCUCUUCGGCUAUUAUUUCGCCGUCAUGAAAAUUUACGCUCUCUUCACACUCCACGAGACUGGCUGGGGGACGCGCGCUGGUAUAGGAGAUGCCACCGCUGCGACCGCAGCAGCGGACGGCGCGGCGCGGGUAGCCUCUGAGGAGACACAAGCCCAGAGGCCUGUCAUCGAGAAGCCGAGACAUACUGUUUCCCGGGGAGUGGAGCCACCCAAUUUUUCAUCAGGGCGGUUGCGGCGGAAACCCUGA